UGGGGGAGGGGCCCACUAAGCAUGUCCCCCCCACAUACACCCUCGCUUCCUCUCUGAGGAACCCAGCCGCUGAAAGAUUCAAAGCCCCUAGAAAUGUUUUUCCCUCGAUUGACCUGCACCAGGGGGCCCCCCAUUCUGCUCUGGGUUCUGGUCCUGGCCUGGGCCACAGCUCCAUUUUCAGUGGGUCACGAAGAUGAAUUGCUGAUUACCCAGCAACCUGAGGAGGACAGGAAGGAAGGUUGGGAGGUGUCCCGUUUCUUCUGGAAGAUGGUAGAGCCCCUGAUGACCAAGGCUAGUGAGAGCUGGGACUGGAUCUGGACUCCAGGACCUGUCCAAGGCUAUCUUCAGACUUAUUAUGAAGACCAUCUCAGUGGCCUGGGCCUCAGAGCCCAGAACUGGCUCCACACUACACAGCAGAAAGCCCUAAGUCUCUGCCCCAAUAGACUCUGUGGAAAAGAUUCGAACCAACAGGCUAAGAAGCAAGAAACCCCAGUUCUCGUCACACCGGCCAUACAGUCAAACAAAUGACUUCCCUUCUCUAGGCUUCCAUUUCCUCCAUUAUCUAGUGAUUGUUGGACUUCUGGAUGUUCUUUGUUCUGACAUUCCCUGUUCUAAGCUCCCUCCCAGCUCUGACAUUCUGUGUUCUGAAACCCUUUCUAGAUUUGACUUUCUGUUUCAAGCCCUUCUAGCUCUGAUAUUCUGUUCUAAGAGCCCUCCCAGUCCACACAUUCCCUGAUCUGAGACCUCUCUCAGCCCUGAAAUUCCCUGUUCUAAGCUCCCUCCCAGCUCCGACAUUCUGUGUUCUGAAACCCUUUCUAGAUUUGACUUUCUGUUUCAAGGGCCCUUCUAGCUCUGAUAUUCUGUUCUAAGAGCCCUCCCAGUCCACACAUUCCCUGUUCUGAGACCUCUCUCAGCCCUGAAAUUCCCUGUUCUAAGCUGCCUCCCAGCUCUGACAUUUUCUGUCCUAAGGGUCCUUUUUGCCCUAAUAUACUUUGCUCUGUGUUCCAUAAUGUUGUUUUGGAAGGGUUUUCACAGUUAGGACAUUCAAUAACUAGCAAUUAUCUGUAAAACAAUGCAUCCUGCCUCUGUCGGUGUCCACAAUAAAGACUAGCCUCUUUCUCUUU